AUGGCCGGCAGAAUGCUAAAGUUUAUACGAGGCAAGGGGCAGCAGCCCUCUGCUGAAAGGCAGAAACUUCAAAAUGAACUGUUUGCUUUCCGCAAGACAGUCCAACACGGCUUCCCCCACAGAGCCUCGGCACUAGCAUGGGAUCCACUCCUGAGGGUCAUCGCUCUCGGCACAGCCACUGGCGCGCUCAAGGUGUAUGGCAGACCAGGCGUCGAGUUAUAUGGACAACACCCCAAUUCAGAAUCCAGCAUCACACAAAUACACUUCAUACCUGGCACAGGCCGACUACUAUCGUUGUCAGACGACAACAGCCUCCACUUGUGGGAGAUAAACGAGAAGUCUCUUGUGGAGCUUAAGACAUACAUAUUCGAAGGAAAAAACAAGAAGAUUUCAGCUCUAUGCGUGGAGUCUUCCGGCAAACACUUAUUAAUCGGCACCGAAGGAGGCAACAUUUACAAUUUGGAUCUUAACACCUUCUCAGUCACUGAAGAUGUGAUUUAUCAAGAAGUUGUUAUGCAAAACUGUCCAGAAGACUUCAAAAUAAACCCAGGUGCUGUUGAAGCUAUGUGCGAACAUCCCAAAGUACCCAGUCGGUUGUUACUCGGCUACAAUCGAGGACUGGUGGUGUUAUGGGACCGAGUCGCCACAUCUCCUACACACACUUUCGUGUCUAACCAACAGUUGGAGAGCUUGUGCUGGAAUGACGACGGAGAACACUUCACAUCAUCACACAACGACGGAUCAUACGUGACAUGGGAGGUGGCCGGCGCGUCCAGCGACCGUCCGCUCAAGGAACCUAUCACACCCUACGGGCCCUUCCCUUGCAAAGCUAUCUCUAAGAUCUUGACCAGGACCAGCGUAGAUGGCGAUGAGCUUACUAUUUUUACCGGCGGUAUGCCGCGAGCUUCGUAUGCAGAUAAAUACACCGUCACAGUUCAACAGGGAGAAAAACAUGUUGCUUUCGAUUUCACAAGUCGAAUCAUCGAUUUCAUAACCACAACGCCAGUACCUCCCGACGGUGUUCCAUUACAAGAGGAGAGACCCGCCACUCCUGCGCAGAUUCAAAUACAAACAGUCAACCAAGUUGCUGCUGCAUUGAUUGUGCUGGCGGAAGAGGAACUGGUUGUCAUAGACUUAUGUGACGAACGCUGGCGACCAUUGUCUCUUCCAUACUUAGUGUCGAUUCAUGCGUCAGCGGUCACUACUGCACAGCUUGUAGAUAACGUCGCCUCCAAUGUGUACGACAAUAUCGUCGCAGCAGGUAAACAGCAAAGUGAAAACUUAUACUCUGAAAGCCAAUGGCCCAUAUCUGGAGGGUACACAGACACCCCUGAGACCUCGGAGAGACAGCUCCUACUGACGGGCCACGAAGACGGCUCGGUGAGGUUCUGGGACGUCACUGGAGUGGCAAUGACUCCGCUUUACAAAUACACCACUGCUCAACUAUUUAGUGGUGAAGAAAUAGGAGAGAACAAUGAUAGUCAGACGGACGAAGAAGAAUGGCCUCCAUUCAGAAGAGUCGGUACGUUCGACCCUUAUAGUGAUGACCCCAGGCUUGCUGUCAAACGGGUGAUCCUCUGUCCUCUAUCUGGAAUGUUGACCAUCGGUGGUGCCGCCGGUCACAUAGUUAUUGCCAGCCUCAAGACUUCUUCGAACACAGCUGAAGUUAAGUCUGUGACAGUAAACAUCGUCUCAGAUCGCGACGGAUUCGUUUGGAAAGGACACGGCCAGCUCACUCUGAGAUCUGGCUCGCUCACUUUCCCACAGGGCUACCAGGCGAGUUCCGUGGUGCAGCUGGUACCCCCCGCGGCGGUGACGGCGCUGGCGGCGCAGUGGGAGUGGGGCCUGGUGUGCGGCGGCACGGCCCACGGCCUGGCCGUGCUGGACGCGCUCAAACCCGCGCCGCUACUGCACAAGUGCACGCUCAACCCGCACGAUUCCGGUGCGGGAGACACACCUAUAUCCAGAAGAAAAUCAUUCAAAAAGUCGCUACGAGAAUCGUUCCGAAGACUCCGAAAAGGCAGGUCACAACGACGACAGACCACUACGUCGAGUCCAACCUCUCCCACACAGCCAAUCCCUAAGAAGCCAAUAGACAAGGCUGCGUCGGACACAGAUGCAGAAAUUAAGCCGAUAGAGCGAGCGGUGGAAGCGAGGUCUACUGACGACGCUUUCGGUACUAUGGUACGGUGUUUAUAUUUCGCGAGGACCUUCCUUAUCAAUACACAAAAUUCGACGCCUACUUUAUGGGCGGGCACCAAUAACGGUACUGUGUACGCGUUCACGUUAAAUGUACCAAACACCAAUAAGAGGAAAGACGAACCGGUAACAUGCCAGUUAGCGAAAGAGAUACAGUUAAAGCAUAGAGCUCCUGUUAUAGGUAUCACUGUGUUAGAUGGAGCGUCUGUGCCCCUUCCGGAUCCAUUAGAGGUUGAGCGCGGAGUAUCUCCCCUGCCGGAGUCAGGUACACAUCGUGUGGUGAUCACGUCGGAGGAGCAGUUCAAGAUCUUCACGCUGCCAUCGCUCAAGCCGCACAACAAGUACAAACUUACGGCGCACGAGGGUGCUAGGGUACGUCGCACGGCAUUCGCGUGGUUCGAGUGCGGGUCUGGCCCGGAGCGGCACCGUGAGUGGUGCCUGCUGUGCCUCACGAACCUGGGCGACUGCCUCGUGCUCAGCCCCGAGCUGCGCCGACAGCUCAACGCCGCCGCCGUGCGCAAGGAGGACAUCAAUGGCAUUUCAAGUUUAUGCUUUUCAAAGCGAGGCGAAGCUCUUUAUCUGCACUCUUCGUCUGAGUUACAACGAAUCACGCUAUCGGCUACAAAGGUGACGAUAGCACAGUGUCAUAUCAUUCUAUCACCGUGGGCGGUAGCUCUGCGAGGUGCUACGGAAGAUCCUCCGCUAACCAAUGGAGAACACAAGCUGGUACGUGAUCGCAAUCCUCAAUUACUGACCAUCCAGGAGGAGGCUUCCGAAACACCUCAUGACGUCACAGCUGCGUCGGCGGAUAUCACCGUAGAUUCUGUUCGUGACCAUACCAACGCUCCGUCCGACCAACAGGCCCCGCCAGAGCUUAAUAUUAAUUUACAGAACUCACAAGUGAACACGAGUUCAAUGGUAGUGAAGACGACCACUCGGACAACGAUGAACGACAAUGGCCCCGACGGACCCACCACUACAACCACCACAAAUUCCAUCUCGGAGAACAUCCUAGAGCACAGUCGCGAGGAAGGAGUCAUCACCCGUAUCGAGACGGGCACGGUCACAGUGCCGGCCGGCACCGACCCGAAGCUGAUUCUCGAGAUGUUUGACCGUCAGCGCUCGCCACUGACUGUGCCGGUGCCGCCCCAGGCGACGCCCGCCGAGACCAACUAA